CGCACCCCCGCCUCCGUUCACGGUUUGGCAAUAAUGAUUAGGUGCACGCGACUUUAAGAAUUACCCGGUUUAAGUGUAGUGAACCGGGGGGAAUAAGGGUUAACGGUGUAAACGCCGAUUCCGCGACCAAGACACCGUUAUCGUGAUCCGAGCAAGUAUUCCACGGUGUCCCGCGUAAAUUACAGAUCAAUCGUGAGGUUGUUGUCGCGAUCCACCCACCACCGAAGAGGAUUCAACGAGAUUUAAUUAAGGGAGCAACAUGGACACGUCGCCGACGUUAAGUAUCGGUGGAUCGAGGGCCAGAGCAGCUCUUCUCACUACUAGCGGCACCGGAACCGGAAGUACCGACAGACGAGUCGUUUUCUUAGCAAGUCAACCGAACGUUGGGAGUACUCUCGAGACCAAAACUUGGCCGCAUCAUUGGUCGCCUCAUACAGCCGGCAACAGUUACAAAUCGCCCGAGGAGUCGCCGCAUUCGGAACACAGCAGAUUGAGGAUGUCCAGAGGGCAAGGAGGCUGGUCCGACGAACCGUGCACAUCAACCGGUGGUCGAAGCGUCGUACGACAAUCGGCGGGACCAUCGUCGAGGACAACGCCUCCCAUCCUCGAGGAUCGGACAUCCGGGGGCGCGUCCUGCAAAGGUGGAUUCAGAUUAGGCGUCUACGGCUGGAGGAAAAAGUGUUUAUACUCCCUAGUGCUGACCCUCAUGGUCAUAGUAAUCCUGAACCUGGCUCUCACGGUGUGGCUGCUCAAAGUCAUGGGAUUCAGUUCCGAGGGAAUCGGCUCCCUGAAGGUGGUGCCCGGAGGGAUCGAGCUCAGAGGUCAGGCCGCCGUUCUCGAUGCCCUCGUGGCCUCUAGCCUCAGAUCCAGGCGAGGAAAGAAUCUGUUCCUCGAGUCGUGGAGCAACUUCACCGCGUCGGCCAGGUCGCACGAUGGCCGACUACUCGCGCGACUGACAGUCGGCGAAGAUCGUGUGGACUGUGUGUCGAGAGGCUUCCGAAUAACUGACCCUCGAGGAGGAAUUCUCUUCUCGGCGGACAGGGAACAAGUGGUGGUGGGAGCGGAAAUGUUGAGGGUAACUGGCGACGGAGGUGCUGUUUUCCAGGGCAGCGUUCAAACGCCUCUGGUCAGAGGGGAAUCGGGCCGUGGUCUCAGGCUCGAGUCGGCGACCAGAUCCCUGAAGAUCAGCGCUCCUCAGCGAGUGGUGAUCGAGUCCUGGGCCAACGAGAUAUCAGCGUCCUGUCUGACCGAUCUGAAGCUCCAAAGCGUCCACGGUGCCGUCAGGCUGGACGCCAAGACGGUGUUCAUGAAGGGCUUGAAAACCGCGAAUCCGAGUCAGGUACAUUCCUCGAGAGAUCAGCAGCAGCAACAGCAGCAACAGCAACAGCAACAGCAACAGCAACAGCAGCAGCAACAGCAGCAGCAGCAACAACAGCAACACUCUUCUAGGACGUCUUCCCAUCAGAGUCAAAGAGACACGACCAUCUAUCAGUUGUGUGUCUGUGCUAACGGGAAACUGUUUCUCGCCAGGUCCGAGGGAACGUGUCAAGCUGACAAAUCAAUUUGCUAAUACGUCGAGUUUCGACUCGGACGCGAACGGACAGAUACUCGAGGAUCAGGUGGUUCGAGGGCGAGUUUUUCGUCGGAACGCGGCAACGAUAAAGGACGAAUCCUGACCGCGGCGAACUGACGAGGAACCGUGUCGCGGGAAAGUCGUAGAUAUUCGAGCAGGUGACGGUGUACAGUAGUCCAAGAAGUCCCGAGAUCGCCCGAGGCCUUUCGCUUUUCGCUGGUGUUUCCUUUCCGAAGCAACGCGACGGGACGGUGCUCGUUUAGAGCGCCGAACCUAAUCGAGGAACUGUACGAUGUAUGCUCGAAACUCUGGCGAAGCUGCAUAUAGGUGUACUUAGCAUUGUCGACAGCGCUAUUCCGUGAUGUAUAUCUUGUAUAUCAAUAAAAGUGCCCGAUCGUCGAUAGGCAACGGAUGAUAAUUGAAUCAUCGCCUCGUUCCUGUCUGUUCCUGCUCUUUAGACCGAGUCGUUUCCCCCGCCCCUGGUUUCUUUGCGCAAACGUUCGAUUUGCAGUUCCUUUAAGCCCGAAGAACAAAGAAACGAGAGCGCGUUACCGAGCCGAACAAUUCAAACGAACCAAUCGAGCAACAGCGUCCACGUACAAGUAUACUAUAUGCUUCUUGCUGAGACAACUGUACUCGAGGCGGAAAUAAUUGGCUUUUCGCGUUCCCUUUCGUUUUAUUCGCGCCAAACAAAGACCAGAAAUGUAGCGACGGGGUAGCCAAAUGCUCUAGUGACCUUUUACGGGAUAAUUUAUUAUACCUCGGAUAUAGUUU